UUGAAGUGGAGGAAGAAAAAAAAAAAAAAAAACGCGAGUGAAGGGAGUUACCUCAGCGCUCUCCGAGAUAUGAGACCGGGCCAUUUUCCAGUCGCUCCCCUUUUCUAUUAAAGAAGAAAAUCACGAAAAUCAAGUGGGGGAAGAAAGCAGGAAACACGGCCACAUUUGGAGAGGUCGCCCAGAAGAAGAGAGCUCUCUCCGUCUUUCUGCCGGCGGAUCAGUUGAGAUCGACACUGCAUGCACAGUACUGCUGCUCUCGUGCGCGCGCGCGUGUGUGUUUACAAGUGUUUGAACGAGUGCCACAAACGAGGGGAAGAAGGAGGAUAAAGCCAAGGAAGGAGGGAUGGUGGACAAUUCAGGCAGUAGUAAGGCACAAAUGCCCAGCAUGUCUCAGGAGCCUGGUGUAGCCUUUCCUCAGAGCACCUCUACAGGGGGGAUGAAGCUGGAGGCAGUAAUGGAGCAGCUCCAGCGCCAGCAGCAGGCCCGACUGGAAAUGGAGCGCAAGGAGAGGAAGCUGCGAGAGGCCCAUAUCAUGUAUGCUCAGCAGGUUGCUGCCCAGCAGGCCAUCCUGGCGGCUGCCCGGGCUUCUGGGGCCAGCUUCAUGGGCAAGAGUCUGGCUGGAGGGGUCCCUGGUGUUGGGUUGCCUCCCCGGAUGUCCAAUCAGAGUAGUGUGGACUCAGAAAGAGAGGAUGACGAGGACAGAGGCCGGGAUUCUGGGGAUGAUGAUGACGACAAUGAGAUGAUGGAGGGGGACGAGGGCAGUGAUGAGGAUGAGGGAAGUGCCAGUGGUCUGGAGUUCCUCCGCAAGCAGACCCUUGCUUUGCAGCAGAGCGCCUCCCGCAUCCAGGCCCGUCCGUUUGGCAGUUACUCUGCAUCGGCCCCCCAGCGGGCUGCAUCCCCACCUGUAAGAGUGAAGCAGGAACCUGACGAGGGCCUGUCUCCUGCAGGGCCUCAUUCUGCUACCUCUCCUAAUGGACAGGCGGACUGGGGCUUUGAAGAUCACUUCAGACAGAAUGGGAAUGCAGGCUGGGCGGAUGAGGCUGACAGUAGCAGAGGAAGAGGAGAGGCCUCCAGAGAUUUUGCUAAGGUAGCAUUUGGAGACUGUGAUCAACAGAUAGCUUCACUGUAUGAACUGGACAAUGACCCCAAAAGAAAGGAGUUUUUGGAUGACCUCUUCACUUUCAUGCAGAAAAGAGGAACCCCAGUCAACCGUAUCCCCAUCAUGGCCAAGCAGGUUCUGGAUCUUUACAUGCUCUACAAGCUGGUGACAGAGAAGGGAGGCCUGGUGGAGGUUAUCAACAAGAAGAUCUGGAGAGAAAUCACAAAGGGACUUAACCUGCCUACCUCCAUCACCAGUGCAGCUUUCACCCUGCGCACACAGUACAUGAAAUACCUGUACCCAUAUGAGUGCGAGAGGAAAGGCCUCAGCUCCCCAGGUGAGCUUCAGGCCGCCAUUGAUAGUAACCGACGUGAGGGUCGUCGUCCGAGCUACAGCAGCAGCCUCUUCCGUUUCUCUCCCUCUCCCAGCACAGCUCCCCACAUCCUCUCACCUCCUAAGAUGCACCUCUCAGCUCUGGGGGCAGGGGCCUCAGGGGCCCUCAAUGGUCUACAGGCUUCACCAGGACCCUCUCUGAAGAAAGAUGAUCUGACCCCCUCCAUCAUGGCUGCAAGACCCUCCAUGGCGCUAGCCCUGGGUCAGCAGCAGGUUGCAGGUUUUGCAAGAGCCGCCACGCUAGAGCAGUUGAGGGAAAAGCUAGAGACUGGUGUUGGAGAGGGUCCAGAGAGGAAGAUGGCCCGCCUGGCAGAAGAGCAGCAGCGUCUGAUGCAGCAGGCUUUCCAACACAACCUGCUGGCCAUGGCUUCCCAAAUGCCCAUGAACCUGCGACUGGGAGCCCCCACUAUUACCACCAGAGAGGAGAAGCAGCAGGACAUGUCUCUUAGCAUCUCAACCAAUGGAAAUGCCAGCAUCACUGUCUCAGUGGAGGUCAACGGCACAAUCUACUCAGGAACCCUGUUUGCCCAGAAGUCUGGAGGGGCUCCGGGGCCUGCUGUGUCGGCUGCUGCUGCUGCUUCAGCCUCCCCUGCUGGAACCAGCACUAGCUUUGGCUUCUCUGCACCCCUGGCUCAGACCCUCAGCCCCACGUCCUCUUCUUCCUCCAAGGGUCCUGGCUCGGCUGAGCCGACCCCCAGUGGGUCUCCCUAACUCAGGCUGCCCUUUGUACCUGUUCCCCAGGCCUUUCUUCCACCGGGAGGCCCAGCAAGAAGAUACAGUACAAUGAGAAACCGAUAAGAAUAACAAACUGUUGCACAACAAAUACCUCAUCAACCCUGUCAACCUCUUGGCUGUCCAAUCAUGAACACAGAGCCCAAGAAUAUUGUAUGACAAGACGUGCCCAAAUGCACAGCUAUGCAUUAUAUUCAACGUACAAACACGCACACACACCACACUACAAACACUCACAGAUAAACACAAACUACACUCGCAUACAAUUGUUCAUCCUAAUGUACAUGCUAAACACAAUCAGCUCAGCCAAAACCCACUGACAGGUGUAGUCACAACUGAACUUGAAAAGUUUUAUCUUAGGACAUUUUGUUUGCUUGUUGCCAUUUUGUUGUCUUUUUGAUUUUGUGUUUUUAGAAUGAUUUUAUUUUUAGUUUUUCUCUUUUUACAUACCUCAAAUCAAGUAACCUGCAGUGGUGUCUUUACCUCAGGAGCUGUAGUAUAUUUAACCUGAAUCAACUUUAUUUUUGUAUUCUUUUUGACCUAGUUGCAAUCAGGGGAAGUCGGGUAACUCUGACCAGUUGGGACCUCAUGUACAGAGCACCUGCCUCAGUGACAGGCCUCCAACCCAGGCCGCUCAGGUUUCAUUGACACGCUGUAGACUCUCGCUGAACUCAAACCAGCGAAUGAUCAGAUGCUGUAGAUCAGCACAUCAUACAAUCAUAAGAAUAUGUCAAGUUCACUAGAAUGGUUGGAGGGUAAAUGAUGUACGGAAACCUCCAAGAUACAGACUUGAUUUCACCUAACUUUAAACCCUCACUGGCAAUGCACAGGAUUUCUAUGUCCUCCUGAAAUUCAACUUAUUGCAGGUCUGCACAAGCUGUCUUUAAACAUGUAACGCACAAAGUCGGGGGAACAGCAACUCUUAACUCACAGCAGGCCUUGCAGACCCUGAGCUCAUUUCUUCACCUCAGCUCCUGUCUAUGUUACAGAGAAAUAGUACAGAAUUCGAUUUGACUUUGUUGUCCCCCCCGUUUUGUUUGUGCAUCCUUCCUCCAGCUGCAGCUGAAGUGCUGCAAGUCGAUCUGACGGUGUCAUCAUCAGUGCGUAGUUCUCGUACCUCAUACUGGCCUCUCUGCUCUGGAGGGCGUCUCUCUCAGGAAACAAUGUGACAACUGCAAGGAAUCACUGUUAAUUUAAAGAAGAAGGAAAAAAAGGAUUCAUACCUGAAGAAUGCACAAGUCAACAUGACUGUUCAACAAUACCUCAUCAGACUCUCUCAAAAGGAGAGCUACACUACAUACCUCACACGGCUGAGAAGCCAUCCAGACUUGACGCCUCAACCCGAGAUGGAAAUUCUGACUGAACUAAAACCGACACGCUGCUGGUGGUUUUUGGGGACAAACAGAACUGGGAUGGGCUUGCUAUCUCUCCUCCUGUAUUUACUUGUAGAACUUGUUUUUAUGCUUGCUUUUGUUUGUUUUUUAUUUUUCUUCUUUAAUUGGGGAGGGGGGGUGUUCUCUGAGAAGAACGAUAUAUCUACAUUUAUUUCAGGGAAGAGAACAAGAAUAGUUAGUUCCUCACUGACACACGUAGAUUCUUUGGAUUGUUGACAUGUUUUAAGGUCGCAGCAGUCAAAAAAUUGUCAUAACAAACGACCAUGUUAACCUUAAAAUUGACUGCAAACACCUGAAUCACAGUCACCACGUUUUCUCUAAUGACAGCGGCGAAAUGAUAUGCAUGUGUACAAUCAUGUGACCAGUGUUUGACCACCCUAAUCUUCUUGCUCACGUUAGCCUCUGGUUAUUGCACAGCUAGAUACCAAAGACUAGCCAGGUCGCUUCCCUUGAUUGAUCCCUGAUACAAUCCUGCCCACACCUGCUGUGGUGCACAGCAAGGCAGUUCAAAGACUGCGCAAAAAUGUUGAAAUCUCAAUGAAUCUGAUUUUGAGGUUUUCUCCUAAAGCAAGUGAAAAUAUCUUGAGAUGAGGUGAAUUCCCUUGUUUCACAUUUUAUGGCAUGAAUAUUGGAAAGUCACAAUGGAAAUAAGUCCAUAUAAAACUGGAUUUAAAUCUGAUGACAUGUUAUGUACAGAUGGACUUUUUUGUUGGCAGAUAUUUAAGUCUUGAUCUCCAGAACAGUAGCCCCAAGAUGCUGUGACUUUCCUGAGCUGUGUUCCUAUUGUAAACUUUUACACUUAUGAGCUCUUGGGGUGGUCUGCUAAACACCCACUUCCUGAUAAUCCAGAAAACAGCUGGACUAUCCCUCCAAAUGUAAAAGGUAUUUUCCUCUGUUUAAAUUGAAUUUCUAGCAUUUGAAAUACUGCAAAGGAUGAAAAUGAAUUUUCUAGCUUUAUCUGUGUUGAAUGUGAGGCAUUUUAACUGUUUAGAAACCUCUAUAAGCCCAGUGUGAUCUGAGGUGGGCAGCCUUGUUGCUUUUAUUAGACUGUAAUUUAGCCAUUACGUGUCGGGUUUUGCAGACGUUUUGCAGUGUAGAUCAUAGUUGAGGCUUGGAGGGCUUAGAGGGCGGUCCCAAUGAGUCCUUUUGGUGUACCCUUCAGAACCCUGUAUGACACACAACUGUAUUUUAUAAAGGUGAGAACUGUAGACGCUGCCUUAAAGUAGUUGCUGGUGAGAUCUGGCCAGUGCAGUUUUGACCACUCGGCUGGCUGGGAAAAUGUCUUUCUCUUCGAGCUUAAUCCUUCGGAGAGUAAUCACUUUUAAUUUUGAUAAGCAAUUCAAUCAGCCUUUAGACAGCAGUUGUCAUUUAUGCUGUGGCGUUAACAACUGACUUUUACUAUUUAUUUGUGUUAAUUUUUUUUUCCUGGUGGACCUUGUAUGUAGUAACUGUUGAGCUUAAUCAUGUAGGCAAUGUUACGAAAACAUUUUCUUGUUUCCAAGUCCAAACUUUCUGUUUCAUCUGCUGAGUCGAAGCAAUGACUGUUUGUUUGAUAGUGUAGCUUCACUGCCUUUGUGUGUGAGUGUGUGCGUGUGUGCAAGCAGGUUCAGCAUAAAUGGUAUGUGGCUGCAGUUCUACCAUAGAAUCCCAUCUACAUACCCUUGCAAUACCAUUAAGAAUACAGCAGGUGGCACCACUUCACAUUUAUGAUAACACAGGACUACUCAUAAGAGCGGACAUUUUUAAAAAUCUUUACUUAAAUGUGGAAGCUUCUCCACCAGAAGCUUCCCAUUUUGUAACCUGGGAACUGUGGACCUCUGCUGUCGAAGGCUGAUCGUUGUUUGGCGUGUUGAGGGUUGGUCCAUCACCUCUCAUUUCUGGGCUUUGAACCCGCAACCCUCCAGUGUCCUCUAGCUUCUUGCCACCUGACUUGCUGCAUGGGUGAGUAUAUAUGAGGUGUUGUGCCUGUAAGCAAGUGUGUGCGUGUGUGUCUGUGUGUGUGUUUUAGAGACCGCUCCUACCUCGUCAUACAACAAUACCUCAGGGCAGUGGGCUGCAGUCACUGUUGUGUCGGACAUUGAAGCUGCAUUGAGGGACGAGUACUGACGAAAGCUGUGGUCACUUGGCUGAAUGCUACUUUGGUUUUGGUGUUGCAUUUUUCGUAUUGUUGUCGUCAGUAACUGCAGGCUAGGUCUCGUCACUCAGGAAGCUGUGAAGUUGGGAGUCUGCAGAACCGUUUGUCUCUCGGAUGAUUUUGGAGUUAAUUCAGUUUUAAAUUGUUUAAAAAAAAAUUUAACCUGAUCUGUGUAAAAACAGGCGCAUAUGCAAGUGGUUAUCGAAUACCUCAUUUAUCAAUUUUAUGUUGUUUUUGGCUUGUACAAUGCUCCGUAUAUUAAUUCAACUGUGGGGUUUGUGCAUAUUUUUGUACUGUUAUUAUUAUUAUUAUUAUUAUGGACAUGAUAAUAAUGAUAUUACUGAUAUUAUAGUUUUCUCUUUGAUUAAAGCAAACAAAAAAUAGGACAAAACCCAUGAAUGCUUGUAAAAACUGGUUUGUGCUGAUUGUAUUUAAGAGGAGCACUUUUCCAAAGUGGUUUUCACACAUUCAGUUUUGUUCAUAUUAGUAAUAUAAAGAUAUGGUUCUCAGGGCUUUAAACUUGUAUGUCAUGAUAAAGUUUUACUUUAUAUCUUA